AUGACAGAGUACGACGUUGAUUUUUUUAUAUCACUGAUUGAGGAGCGCCCUGUUGUUUGGGACACUAGUAACGAAGAUAAUAAAAAUAAAUUCAUCAAACAAGAAGCUUGGAAGAACGUAUGUAAAAGUUUAUUUCCAAAUUUCGAGGAAAAAGAAAACAAUGAAAAAACUAAACUUGGCAGAAGUUUAAACGAAGAUCAGGUAAUACAAUUGCUGGGCGACGGGAACUUAUCUGACGUCGAUGAAUUUGAAGACGAUGACGACGAUAUCCAACCCUGCGUUUUGGAAGAUAUAUUUACAGAAGCCGAGCCUGAACCACAGCUGUUAACAGCACUGGAGCCGGAAAAUAUUCCUGGAUCAUCACAACCAACUUCGCGGCCACCUUCUCGAAAGAGAGUUUGGAAGCAGGUACCUUUCGAAGAUCGUAGUCAUGACUAUGCUCCAUUACCCGUGACUCCUGUCAAAACUCCAAUGGAGUAUUUCGCUGACUAUUUCGAUAGAGAAUUUUUUGAUGAAAUUGCCAGAUGCACAAAUAUGUACCAUCAUAGAAAAACUGGCCAGGAACUGAAACUUACGUCGGUUGAAAUAUCCAGAGUUUUUGCAAUACACAUCAUCAUUGGAUGUAUUCCCUACCCCCGUAUCCCAAUGUAUUGGAGAGGUAUAGGUAACUGGAGA